CAGGGACGAGACGGUUGCAUUAGGUCACUGAACAUCCUUGAGCAGGAGAUACAACAAUAAAUAGAAUAACCCGCGGCCCCUGUCCCCAACAAGCACCGGCACUAGGGGCCACUUUCAACCGGAACUAACUAUUCACACUUCAGUGUGAACCAGGACAAGAGCCCUGUUCCCAGGGCUGGGUGAAGAGAGGGCCCGAGCUCACGGAGCGGGCGGGGAGCAGUGAGGACUGGGAGGACGCAAGGAAGCACUUUCCCCUCCAUCUAACUCCUCUAAGGGCCGGCUCCCACCCCGGACCUCACCGGGACGACCGCAGCCUCUCCGCAAUCGCCUCCUUGCACCCGGCCCACCAGCUCCCACCUCUCAGCCAGAACGCCGGGCCCGCGGGCGGCGCACGCGCACACACGUCGCGCCUGCGCCUCAGGCCCCGCCCCCACCCCCACGCGCGGCGCUCCGGAUGUUUGGCAUUACCAUGGAGCUUCGCGAGGUCGGCGGACGCGGCUCGUCUCCCGGGCAACCGGUGAGGCCACCACGCGACCCAGGUGGCGGCGGCGAAAGCGGCCGCGAUGGUGUCCAACCCUGUGCAUGGCCUGCCCUUUCUCCCGGGCACGUCCUUUAAGGACUCCACGAAAACAGCAUUUCACAGAAGCCAGACGCUGGGCUACAGGAAUGGCUAUGCAGUUGUUCGACGUCCAACAGUUGGGAUAGGUGGGGAACGGCUCCAGGUCAACCAGCUGUCCCAGGCUGAGCUGGAUGAGUUGGCCAACAAGGCAACAAUUUUAACUUAUGGCCAACCUAAGCAGGCCCCACCUGCAGAAUUUAUUCCUGCACAUGUGGCUUUUGACAAAAAGGUGCUGAAAUUUGAUGCCUAUUUCCAAGAAGAUGUUCCUAUGUCAACUGAGGAACAUUAUAGGAUUCGUCAAGUGAACAUUUAUUACUACCUGGAAGAUGACAGCAUGUCUGUCAUGGAGCCUGUUGUGGAAAACUCUGGGAUCCUUCAAGGCAAGCUAAUCAAACGCCAGCGGCUAACCAAGAAUGACCAGGGAGACCAUUACCAUUGGAAAGACCUAAAUCGAGGAAUAAACAUAACAAUUUAUGGCAAAACUUUCCGCAUUGUUGACUGUGACCAAUUCACACAGGUAUUUUUGGAAAGUCAAGGAAUUGAAUUAAAUCCACCAGAGAAGAUGGCUCUCGAUCCUUACACUGAACUCCGGAAACAGCCUCUUCGCAAGUAUGUCACGCCAUCGGACUUUGACCAACUGAAGCAGUUUCUCACCUUUGACAAACAAGUUCUUCGAUUUUAUGCAAUCUGGGAUGAUACAGACAGCAUGUUUGGUGAAUGUCGGAAUUACAUCAUUCAUUACUAUCUUAUGGAUGAUACAGUCGAAAUUCGAGAAGUCCAUGAACGGAAUGAUGGACGAGAUCCUUUCCCACUCCUGAUGAACCGCCAGCGUAUGCCAAAGAUUUUGGUGGAGAAUGCAAAGAACUUCCCUCAGUGUGUGCUGGAGAUCUCUGAUCAAGAGGUGUUGGAAUGGUAUACUGCCAAAGACUUCAUCGUGGGGAAAUCGCUCACUAUCCUCGGGAGAACCUUCUUCAUCUAUGAUUGCGAUCCUUUCACUCGACAGUAUUACAAAGAAAAGUUUGGGCUCUCUGAUCUACCACGUAUUGAUGUGAGCAAGAAGGAGCCACCUCCCGUGAAACCGGAAUUACCUCCCUAUAAUGGUUAUGGACUCGUUGAAGACUCUGCUCAGAACUGCUUUGUUCUCAUUCCAAAGGCUCCAAAAAAAGAUGUUAUUAAAAUGCUGAUGUACGAUAACAAGGUGCUUCGUUAUUUGGCUGCACUGGAAUCUCCUAUCCCAGAAGACAAAGACCGCCGAUUUGUCUUCUCCUAUUUUCUUGCCAGUGACAUGAUCAGUAUCUUUGAGCCGCCUGUCCGCAAUUCUGGCAUCAUUGGGGGCAAGUACCUUGGCAGAACUAAAGUUGUUAAACCGUCCUCGACAGCAGACAACCCCAUCUACUAUGGCCCGACUGACUUCUUCAUUGGUGCUGUGAUUGAGGUGUUUGGCCACCGGUUUGUCAUCCUUGACACAGACGACUAUGUUCUGAAGUACAUGGAGAGCAAUGCUGCCCAGUAUUCACCAGAAGCACUCUUGUCCAUUCAGAACCGUGUUCAAAGGCAAGAAGCUCCUGCACCAGGAUUGGAAAAAGAAAAGCAGCAAGAAAUCGAGAAUGUUGUUACUCCGCUUCCUGACUACCCGAAGCUUUCUGAGCAAGGAACUGCCUGUGCUGGGAGUGGGUCUACCUUCACUGGGACCAAAGGGAGACCUUGGAUCAUGGAUCAAGAGCUAAGCAAGCAAACUAAAGAGGAUCCAGGUGUGCAAGAACUGGAGGCAUUAAUAGACACAAUCCAGAAGCAACUGAAAGAUCAUCCGUGCAAAGACAACAUUCGCGAAGCAUUUCAAACUUAUGACAAGGAAGCUUCAGGAUAUGUCGACAAAGAGAUGUUCUUUAAAAUCUGUGACUCUCUCAACCUCCCAACUGAUGAUUCCUUGAUUAAGGAGUUGAUCAGGCUGUGCCCUCACAGAGAAGACAAGAUCAACUACCAUCACCUCGUCCGUGCUUUCUCCAGCUGACCUGGCCGAUGAGAGAGUGCAGUACGACGUUUUGAGGUUGGACCUCCAUUUUGAAACACCUUGUACUUUUCACAGACGCAUUCAUGGCGCUCUUAAAAUUAUAUUUUUUGGUUCUUAGAUUUCAAUAUUAAGUCUAAAUUAAAUUGGAUCUUUCAAGAACUAAGAUUGGUGCUUUAUUUAAGGAGGGUAGGGGUAGGGUAAGGUGAUGGUUAAUUUUCUGUAUCAAUUUGUCUGGGGCCAUGGGUGCCCAGCUGUUUGGUGAGACAUUUUACUGGUUGUGCCUGUUUCUGGGUGAGAUUAACAUUUGAAUCGGUGGACUGAGUAAAGCAGAUUGCCCCGGGGGUGGAUGGGCCACAUCCGGUCCCUUGAAGGCC